AGCUGAUUCGGCCCGCUCCACAAAUUCCCCCAAACCCAACGAUUUUUCUAUCACCAAACCGUAAAUCCUCGCCCUUUCCCCAAAUUUUACUCUCAAUCUGUCACCGGACUCCGCCGCAAGAACAUGGGAACCCCGACACCACAGUCUGUCGAGACUGUCCGAACCCCUGAUGGCCGCCUCAAGUAUCCCAGCCUCCUCACAAGUGCCAAGAAACACAAAGCGAGCUUCGUGCAGUUUGCUAUCAUGACCGGAAUCCUAAUGACGAGCCUGCGAUCUCUCGCCCAUAAGUACCGUAUUCACGAACUCACGGAGGAUGCUGCCUCCCUCAAGAAGGAGCAAGGGAGCCUCGCUGCUCGCAUGAACCACAUCAAGGAGAGCCUACGCGCUGAGGCCGCUGCUGAGCCCACGGGAGCGUUUGCUGCUAGGCUUUGCCUCCUCCUCGGAGAUGAAUGAAGCACUCAUCCCUUCUGCCCCCAAUAAGCAUUUUGUAAAAGGUUGUUUGAGCUGUUUCUGGUGAAUGAUUUGUAUCAGAAUUUUACUAAUAAGUUUGUGAAAAUUAGGGAGUUAGAAAGAGUUAUAUUGUUAUCCGGGAAAUGUGUUCUUUCAUUGAGGAUUUUGAACUGAGAUUAUACAAUAUUUUUAGUCCUUUUUUGUUGGACUUGAA